AUGCACUUAUUCCUAGCUGACAAAGAUGUACCCAUCUACCCAAGAACACAUAUGGAUGCAAUUCAAAGGCAACUCGAUAUUGCCCAUCAAAUUGACAGUGAGCGGAAGGCCUUCUUGUUGGAUAACAUUGACGCAUGCAUCGAUGCUAUAUACACCGGAAGCAUGCAGACCUGGUGGAACAAUUUUUUGCCACGCUACAUUGCGCAGUUCCCAGACACGGUGCUGGAUGAACGAUCCUCAGGCAGUUGCUUGCACCAUUGGAGCAUUGAGUCCCUGCAGCAGCAACUGUCCCAGUGGAUGGAUACCCAUGGAUGCAGUGAGGCGAAGGUUGGGUAUGCUUAUGAUAAGAGGGCCAACAUUACUCUCAGGACCAUCCAUGAGGUCGCCGGUGCUUUCAGUGAUGAACUCUCCGUUGGGCCAGAAACCGACAACACUGCCAAAUCUGUGGAGGACGAGGUGGUCGACAUGCUAGCGGUUGUUGACGCCAAGAUUAUGCAGCUCGGAGGUAAGCUGGUCAAUAGUAUGUCCAUCGAUGAAACCACCAACGCCACUGCAUCAGGUUCCGACAAUUCAGGGAGCACCGUAUCCCCAGGCGAAGAGGCUUCCAACAUGCUGGAUGUUCUUGACGCCCAGAUUGCAAAGUUGCAGGCAAGGCAUGACCAGCUUGCGCAGGAGAGGGAUGCUAUCCACACCCAUGCAAUGAAUCUUUGGAUUGAGAGUGUCUAUCAAGCGUACGGAUGGUGA